GAUUUUGCCUGUUAGUGGAGUUUGUGUCACCAAGAAGAGAAGAAGAGAGUAAACUGGCAGAGAUGGGCUUCUCCCUCUUUUUCUCCACUGAGACCUGGACCCUCCUGGUUGCUUUCAUCACACUGGUCUUUGUGUAUGUCUGCUGGCCAUAUGGAACAUUUAAGAGAUUGGGCAUUCCUGGUCCCAGACCAAUCCCUUUUUUCGGCACUAUGUUGGCAUAUAAAAAGGGAUUCACUGUAUUUGACACAGAUUGCUACAAGAAAUAUGGAAAAGUAUGGGGCAUUUAUGAUGGCCGUCAGCCCGUGCUGUGCAUCACAGAUCCUGCCAUGAUAAAAGCUGUUCUGAUAAAGGAGUGUUACAAUCUCUUCACCAAUCGCAGAAACUUCCGUCUGAACGGGCAACUGCACGAUGCUGUGUCCAUUGCUGAGGACGACCAGUGGAGGAGGAUCCGCAGUGUCCUCUCGCCCUCCUUCACCUCUGGAAAACUGAGAGAGAUGUUUGACAUAAUGAAGCACCACUCUGCUAACCUGACCAGCAGCAUGAAAAAGAAGGCAGACAAGGACGAGCCCUUAGAGCCGAAAGAGUACUAUGGACCCUACAGUAUGGAUGUAGUAGCCAGCACAGCCUUCAGUGUCGACAUCGACUCACUCAACAACUCUUCAGAUCCUUUUGUCACCAACAUCAAGAAGAUGCUGAAGUUUGACCUUUUUAACCCUCUCUUCCUCAUUGUUGCUUGCUUCCCCUUUAUGGGUCCAAUUUUUGAGAAGAUGGAGUUUUCCUUUUUCCCUACGGCUGUCACAGACUUCUUUUACGCUGCACUGCAGAAGAUCAAGUCCAACCGAGUGCAGAGCAGCCAAAAGAGCCGAGUGGAUUUCCUUCAGUUGAUGAUUGACUCCCAGAAAAAAGAAGUGGAACCAAACAAAUCUUUAACCGAUCAUGAGAUCCUUUCUCAAGCAAUGAUUUUCCUCUUUGCUGGCUACGAAACAAGCAGCAGCUCUCUCACUUUCUUGGCUUACAAUCUGGCGACAAACCCUCGUGUCAUGAAACGGCUGCAGGAGGAGGUGGACUCCACCUUCCCAAACAAGGCUCCUGUCGAGUACCAGGCUCUGAUGCAGAUGGAGUAUCUAGACUGCGUCAUCAACGAGUCUCUCCGAUUGUACCCCAUAGCUCCACGUCUGGAGCGUGUGGCCAAGGCGACUGUGGAGAUAAAUGGCCUCUUGAUUCCUAAAGGGAUGGUUGUCAUGGUACCCACAUGGCCGCUGCACCGGGACGCUAGCCUGUGGCCCGAGCCAGAGGAGUUCAGACCUGAGAGGUUCAGCAAGGACAACAAGGAGAGUAUUGAUCCCUACACGUACAUGCCUUUCGGGGUAGGACCAAGGAACUGCCUUGGGAUGCGAUUUGCUCUGGUGAUGAUGAAACUAGCAAUGGUGGAGACCAUGCAGAGGUUCAGCUUCUCUGUGUGUAAGGAGACUGAGAUCCCCUUAGAGAUGGACAUCCAGGGCCUGGUGAUGCCAAAACGACCAAUCACACUUAAGCUGGUGAAUCGUUCUGAAUCCUCGGACUAAAAGAAAAUCAACGAGAUAAAGGAAUGCAAACAACAUUUCUAUUUAUAUCAUGGUAGCUUAAUAGUACAGUUUUGUGAACAUCUGCAUCAGUAAAUUCUCUUUUUUUUCCCCAUUAAAGCUUUCACCAAUAUUCAUUCUAAAGUAAUGGUCAAAUGGAUAAUGUGUCAGUCAUUAAUAACAAUAAAGGAUAGUUUGGGUUUUC